AGGUUAGAGCAACAAGGCAGCUUGUAGUGGUGGUGGUGCGACUGUCUGUCCACUUCAUCAACGUCGUUCACGUUCUCGCGUUUAGUAAACUAACGUAGUACUUAGUAUCUUCAUUAUAAAAAUCACUCAGCUCUACCGCGCAUACCACGAGGAUCUUAAUCAACAGCUCGCACGGAAAUAGCAGCAUCGGCGGCAGACCACGCAGCGCAGCAACCAUGCGCGCACGCUCCCUGCCGUCGGUCCAGCACACACCGCCGCCACGCAAGCCGACGCUAACCCCGACAACGAAGACGACGACGCGGCGUCGAUGAAUCCCCGCACGCCCUCCAAGCCGUGACAUCACCUUGAGAUCGUCUUGAGAUCGCCUUGAGAUUGACUUGAGAUCUUCCCUAGAUCGCACCGAGAUCUUCCUAAGAUCGCCCCGAGAUCUUCCUAAGAUCGCCCCGAGAUCUUCCCAAGAUCGUCCCGAGAUCUUCCUAGGAUCACCCUGAGAUCUUCCCAAGAUCUUUUUGAGAUCUUCCCUAGAUCACACCUAAGAUGACGGACCACUUCGCCCCGGAGAAGACGACCGUGACGACGGAGGAGGAUGACGACGAGGACGACUUCUUCGCGCGCGUUCGCCGCAGCGUCGCCGCCGUGCCUCUCGGCCUCCUCCUCAUCGCCAUCGGCGUCGGCCUCCUCUUCUGGAACGAGGGCCGCGCGGUGGGGACGGCGCGCUCGCUGGAGGAGGCGCUCUCGCUCGUGCGGCCGCUGCGAAGCCACGAGGUCGCGGUCGAGGAGUACGACGGCAAGCUCAUCCACCUGGUGGCGCCACUGCGCACGAAGGUGUGGCUUAGCGACCCCGCCUACAACGUGGAGCUGUCGGCAGUCAAGCUGAAGAGGACGGUGGAGAUGUACCAGUGGGUGGAGGAGGAGCACACGCGAGAGGCAGACGACGGCAGGGAGGUGAUCAGGGAGACAUCCUACUCCUACUCAAAGAAAUGGAUGGAGGAGCUGGUGAGGAGCGCCAGCUUCGACAGCCCGCACCUGCACAAGAACCCCAAGCAGAUGGCGGUGACGAGCGCAGAGUACCGCGCGCCCGCAGCCUACGCCGGAGCCUUCCAGCUGUCUGACGGCCUCGUCAACCGCAUCAACAACUUCAAGGUGCUCAAGUCUCUCAAGCUGCCGCAGGGCAGCGACGCCAAGGUCACGAAGGGCUACUUCUACCACGGCGAGGCGCCGCUCAGCCCGGCGAUCGGCGACGUGCGCGUGCAGUUCCUCUACGCAGGUCUACUGAUGAUAAAGUUUAAGCUGGGACCGCGUGACAGCGUCAGCGUGCUGGCUAAGCAGGCGGGGCUGCGGCUGGUGCCGUACCACACGCGCGCGGGAGACGUGCUAGAGCUGCUGGCCAUCGGAGAGCUGUCGGCCGCCGACAUGAUCUCCUUGGAACGCGCAUACAACAUGAAGCUGACGUGGGGACUGCGGGCGCUGGGCUGGUUCCUGCAGUUCCUCGGAUUCACCUGCAUGACCACCAUCAUCACGGAACUGCUCUCGUGGCUCCCUCUAGUGAGAGAUUUCAUUAAGGCCUCGGCAUCGCCACCGUGAACCUGGGUCUCAAUGUCGGCUGGGCACGAUCUCGUCGAGCUGUCGUCGUCCUGCAGCAUCGGAAUGGAUCUGGUACCGCCCCCUGGUGGGAGUCGUCCUCCUCGUCGUCGCCACGCUGCCGUCUGUCAUCAUGCAUGUGAACUCGCGGCGACCCAGCGCGGAGCACGUCGACUAGCGUGACAGCUGCUGCCACGGGUGGCGGGGGGUUGCGCCCCCCCCUCCCC